GUCACUCGUUUGCGUUGUCCUGCUAGGACAUCAAGUAAACUACAAGCGGUUAGUUUAGCGGUGAACUGGUGAUAUGGUUCGUUUUUAAGACCUUACCACCGCGACUCCAAGUCCUGCUUUCAAGUCGCGAGUUGUAAUUAUUAACGGAGUGUUUACGGAGCCCAAUGCAGUCACCUGCAGAGACAGUGGAGAAUGCCUCCAUCCUUUCGAGUGGCUCAUCGCAGGAGGGCCAUCGUCUGUGGAUCGGCAAUAUCGAUCCGAAAAUUACAGAGUAUCACCUUGUGAAGCUCCUUGAAAAGUUUGGGAAAGUGAAGCAGUUUGACUUCUUAUUUCACAAGUCAGGACCACUGGAAGGCCAACCCAGAGGAUACUGUUUUGUCAACUUCCACACAAAAGAGGAGGCUGAACGUGCUAUACAGUGUCUAAAUGGAAAGCUGGCAUUAUCGAAGAAGCUAGUGGUACGCUGGGCCCACGCACAGGUAAAGAGGUUUGAACCUUACAGAGGGGACAAGAACCUGCCUGCCAGCUUGGAACCGUCAUCCAGUGAAGCAGAGGAGCUGCCGACUUCGCUGAGUGUAAGUGCGAAGAUCAGAGCUAUCGAAGCCAAGCUGCAGAUGAUGGAGGAGAAUGCAGAUGACGAGUAUUCGGGACCUUCAGCUUACCUCUAUAACAAACCCCCGGAGAAGAGGGAUAAAAGAUCACAGCCAUACAACAAGCAGUUCCGCAGGCACAGGAGAUGACCUCCUCCAGUCCAGCUCAACAGUCUGCUGUCUCUGUACUGAGUGGACUCACACAGCCUGCUAUGGACUUGUACACCACAUUUUAAUGUUUAAGGCCACUAUCUGGACUUUAUGCUGGAGAGAGAGAAUUUGAGCCUUUAGGUUGAGAUGACUUAAUACACAUACUAAUUCAAUGGAGGAAGCUUCCCCCUCCCAACACAGAGACACUUCUAUAGCUGAUGUGUGCGCAUUGCGUAAUAUAUCUUUCCAGCGAUUUUUACAUUUUUUUUUUUUUUUUCUUUUAAUUGUUCAUAGAACAUGUUUAUUUUAUGAUGGGUUUUGUAUGUUUUUGUACGUUUUUCUUUGGUUUUCAAAACCAUGUCCACUUUUAUUCCCCUAAAUUUGAUAUUCACAGUGAAAGAACCCCAUCUAAUCAGUGAACCUAUUGUUUCUGUUUACCCACUCUUAACCUCCUCUACCUUGUAUUGUAAUCUUGAAUUGCCUGCAGAUGUGUUGUAGCAUUUUGUAUUGUGAGAAUGAAAAGUAAUGAUUUGUAAUUGUACUGAAGUAAAAUGUAAGGACUUUUUCCCCUUCUCCGUUUAGACAGUAGGUAUAUUUUGUAUAGACAGAGCACAAAAUAUGGCACUAAACUACUUAACAGUUACUUAAUAUUUACAGUUGUUGUUUAACUGUCAGUAUAUUAUUACAACUUGCCUUAUAGGAUCACCGGCUAUUUAAAAAGGGCUUUGUUUCUGUGAUCAGAACCGAAGACAUCGCACAGACUCUUCACGGCUUUGUCCUUGUCUGUAAUCUCUGACUUUGGCAGUAUUUUGAUAGCUGAUAUUAUCUUCAAAAGAAUAAAACAAGUCUGAAUAUG